AUGAUUGCUCCAAGCCUCCCUGCUCGCAUUCCUAAGCGGGCCUUCCCCGCAUUUCGCGCCCAACGGCAGUUCAGCUCCGCACGACCGAUGUGCAAGGAGGUCCAGGAGGCUUACAUUUUGAGUGCAUCUCGAACACCAACAGCGAAGUUCAAUGGUUCCUUUGCUUCUGUAACAGCACCCGAGCUCGGCGCUGUUGCUAUCAGAUCCGCACUCGAGAAGUCGAACGUGCCCACCGAUAAGAUCACCGACGUAUAUAUGGGAAAUGUCUUACAAGGCUCAGUAGGGCAGGCCCCUGCUCGUCAGGCAUCCAUCUUUGCUGGUCUCCCAGCCACUGUUGAAGCUCUUACCGUUAACAAGGUCUGUGCUUCUGGCUUGAAGGCAGUAGCCCUUGCCGCACAAAAUAUCCAGUUGGGUCUGGCAGAGGCACAGGUAGCCGGUGGUAUGGAGAACAUGACCCGCGUUCCUUACUACAUGGGACGCGCCAGCCAAUUGCCCCCCUUCGGCGAGAUCAAGUUGGAGGAUGGUCUGAUCAAGGAUGGCUUGUGGGAUGUAUACAACAAGUUCCACAUGGGUAUCUGUGCGGAGCAGACUGCAAAGAACUAUGACAUCUCGAGGGAGGAUCAGGAUCUAUAUGCAAUCCAGUCAUACGAGCGGGCCCAGCAGGCAUGGAAGGAGAACAAGUUCGCUGAUGAAGUUGCCCCAGUAACUGUGAAAAACAAGAAAGGGGACAUCAUCAUUGAGCGAGAUGAGGGCUUUGAAAAUCUACGUGCCGAUAAGCUGAAAUCUCUGAAACCGGCCUUUUUGCGAGACGGGACAGGUACCGUCACUGCCGGCAACGCUUCCACAAUGAAUGAUGGUGCAUCGGCUCUCAUUUUGGGUAGCAAAGAGCUUGCUCGCCAAUACGGUUCCGGGAACCGUGCUCUGGCUCGUAUUGUUUCCUCGGCUGAUGCUGCCAUUGACCCUGUGGACUUCCCAGUCGCCCCCGCUAAGGCAGUCCCAAUCGCGUUGGAGCGAGCCGGUAUCACAAAGGACCAAGUGGCAGUCUGGGAGUUCAACGAGGCCUUUGCGGCAGUCAUCAAAGCCAAUGAGAAGAUUCUCGGGUUGGAGAACGCCAAGGUCAACAUGCUUGGAGGUGCUAUCUCUCUUGGCCAUGCCUUGGGUAGCUCAGGCUCACGCAUUCUCGUCACCUUGCUUCACCAGCUUCAGCCUGGUGAGUACGGAGUUGCUGCCAUCUGCAAUGGCGGCGGUGCGGCAACUGCAAUGGUCGUGCAGAAGCUUGACCGGGUAGACUAG